AAAAAAAAGGUUAAUUAGAGAGAGAAAGAUAGUGGAAUGAAGAAGUAACUAUGGUUAGUUUUAAACCCAGGUUCCACACCAGGUUAAAGAACGUUCCAGGAAAGAGAAAGGCAAGCAGGACAGAAGAAAACCGAGGCCCAAAAGAAACAAGAAUUUGAGGAGGGUUUUUCAUUUUGUGGUAUUGGCUUUGGUUGAAUUCUGAUUCAAAUCGGGCGAUUUCAUUCAUGCUUUCCCUCCUCCUUAGAACCUUCGAAUUCGCCUGAACACGAUUUCAUAGAACAUACCCCUUGUCGUUCUGGUGAUUCUUUUUUCUCAAUUUUCUUCGAAGGUUUCAGUUUGAUGUUACGGCUCUGAUUCAUUCGCGACUCUACGGUGGAGUUCUCUCAGAUCUUGCGAUUUUGAUACUUCUGAUUAUCCAGUGUUGUAGAAAUGGCUUGCUUAAUGUAGCAUUGAGCUUGAAAUCUCUUUCACAGACUCUGCUUCUGUGGUGAUGGUUUCUGCGUUUUGAAUUGUGGGGAGAGUUUGAGGUUGAGGCUGUCAAUUUAAUGAUUGAUAGUGAAUUCUACUAUUUGCAAAGAAUAUCAAUUGCAACCGAGUUUGGUGUUUUGAGAGGGAAGAAGCUCUCUUCCUUCUUGGCCGCCUUUGUCACCAGCGGCAUUGAACACAAGAUUCUCAUUCCAUUUCAUGUCUCGUAAGUUAGACAGCCCAGUUCAGACCCAGAUGGCAGUGGCAGUCUUUAAGAGCCCACUCAGUGGGGAAUAUCACGGGAACAGGAAAAUGGAGGGGAAACAACCUGCUGGGAGGAGACGGGUUUUUGUGCAAACUGAUACUGGUUGUGUUUUGGGGAUGGAAUUGGAUCGUGGUGACAAUGCGCAUACAGUGAAGAGAAGGUUGCAGCUUGCUCUUAAAGUCCCCACUGAGGAGAGUUCCUUGACUUUUGGGGAUAUGGUACUGAAUAAUGACCUUAGUGCUGUUCGUAAUGAUUCUCCUCUUCUUUUAACACGGAAUUGUCUGCAUAGAAGCUCAUCUACUCCUUGUCUUUCACCAACUGGCAAGGAAAUCCAACAGAGAGAUCGGAGUGGUCUUGUUGAGAUAUUGGGACAGUUAAAUAGCUUUGCUAAAAUCAAACAGUUGGUCAAGGAAAGUAUCAAGGCUAUUAAGAUGGGUGUUGAUCCAAUUCCAGUUCAUAGUGGGCUUGGAGGUGCAUACUAUUUUAGGAACAGCAAAGGUGAGAGUGUUGCAAUUGUCAAACCAACAGAUGAAGAACCUUUUGCUCCAAACAACCCAAAAGGCUUUGUUGGUAAAGCACUUGGGCAACCAGGUUUGAAAAGGUCUGUGCGGGUUGGGGAGACAGGGUUCAGGGAAGUAGCUGCUUACCUCCUUGACUAUGAUCACUUUGCAAAUGUGCCUCCUACUGCCUUGGUGAAGAUCACUCACUCAAUCUUCAAUGUCAAUGAUGGGGUGAAUGGGAACAAGCCUCACAAGAAGAAUCAGGUUAGCAAGAUUGCAUCUUUCCAACAAUUCAUACCACAUGAUUUUGAUGCAAGUGAUCAUGGGACAUCCAGCUUCCCAGUCUCUGCUGUGCAUCGUAUUGGGAUAUUAGAUAUUAGGAUUUUUAACACAGACCGGCAUGCGGGAAACCUUUUAGUGAGGAAGCUUGAUCGUGUUGGGAGAUUCGGGCAAGUAGAGCUGAUUCCAAUUGAUCAUGGCCUUUGCUUGCCAGAAACAUUGGAGGAUCCAUACUUUGAAUGGAUUCAUUGGCCUCAGGCUUCAAUCCCAUUCUCAGAUGAUGAGCUUGAGUAUAUAGAAAAACUUGAUCCUAGUAGGGAUUGUGAUAUGCUGCGAAGGGAGCUCCCUAUGAUUCGAGAGGCUUGUUUGAGGGUCUUGGUUCUCUGCACAAUUUUCCUUAAGGAAGCUGUUGCUGGUGGUCUCUGUCUUGCUGAAAUUGGUGAGAUGAUGAGCAGGGAAUUUCAUGCUGGAGGGGAGGAACCCAGUGAACUUGAGGUUGUAUGUAUUGAGGCAAGGAGGUUGAUUGCAGAGAGAGUGGCAUUGUCCCCCGGAACUGAUUUGGGAGAUGAGGAAUUUCAAUUUGAUAUAGACUGUGAAGAAACAGAAUUUGACUUUAUGUCUAAGAUGACAACAGAAGAACCUGUUCAAUUUGGAUUUGGGGCUGGUAAUGGCCGUUUCCCACUUUCAAUACUAGAGGAGAGCGUAGAGGAGGAGGAUGAGGAGGAGGAAGAAGAAGAGGAAAGAACAGAGAAUGAUGUAGGGAAAGAGGGAUUUGGUGUUCUACCCCUGCCUGAAAGGUUACCCACCAUGUCAAAGCUUUCCGUGUCACUUAAGAAUACCACAUUGGGUGACAAGAAACAGAAAUUCGAGAAAUUCUCAGGAGCAAAACCAGAAAAUGGCUAUUUUGCUAAUACAUCUUCUGGGCACAGGAGUGCCAAUGAGCAGUUUCCUGCAAGCCUGAGUUUUGUGAAGCUGGCUGACAUGAGCGAGGAGGAAUGGACUGUGUUUUUGGACAAAUUUCAGGAACUGCUGUAUCCGGCAUUUGCCAAACGGAAGUCUGUGACCCUUGGUCAGAGGCAGAUACAGAGGCUUGGUACCUCAUGCCAAUUUUGAGAUUGAGAUACCAGUACGAGGAUGAAGAAUAAGACUCCUAGGUUUGUGAGAGUGAUGGAUAACUAGGAUAAGUUCAGUUAAUGGGUUUUCUCCCUGGAAGGUGUUUAGUUGGGAUCAACGGUAGGAGGGAACUGUUGUAAAUAUUGAUGGCAAUUAGCUAUGCGAGGAGCUGAGUAGAAUUGGUUGUAUUUCAUUUUCACUUUUUUGCUCUCAAUUUUUCCCCCUUGAACUCCAUAUGGACCUGUUUGAUAAAUAAUUUGUAGACUGAAAUCUUAAAAAAAAAAAGAAAAAAAAGAAAAGUUUGUGUAAA